AUGGCUCCUGGAAACAUGGAGAAAGCGUUUGUUAUAAAGUUUCUUGUCCUAAUAGUCAGCUUUGGUGCAGCAUGGGGGGCCUGCACAAUAGACCCGUCCUAUAUUGCUGACUGGUACUCAAUGGAAGUUGGUCGAGAUGUUUUCACCCCUGUUACACCAAACAAGUGGGGCGACCUGAUGUGUUUAGAAAAGUAUGAGCAUCCGAUUGAAGAUAACUUCUUGAAAGGGAGAAAUACCACUAUGCUGAUGAAAGAUGCCGGGGAUAACUGUCUGUAUUGCGUGGAUGUUUUGUGGAGGACACCCAAUAUUCUGCAGUACAAAAGAAGCAGCUGUUACACUUCAAACAGUGGUUUUAAAAAUAUGUGUAAAGGAAUCGCCAAAUUGCCAACACAAGAUACACUCGUAACCUUGUUCAAGCAGACUUAUGAGACCGUGAACUGUAUCUCCACUUGGGAGGGAGUCUACCAGUUCACGUAUGAAGUUGACUGGGGCGGUGGUGGUAUCUGUGACAAUCCAGACAAUCUCCUCAAGGCUUGUCAGGAUCCAGGCUCACCAUACGUUGACAACCAGGUGUUCUUGAUCACGUAUGCCAAGUGUCCCACUGUGCAGACGUCUAAAUCAGAGACUAUCCGUUACCAGUGUAUGGGCAGUUGGUUUGCCGUGAUUGGAGAUACUGGCUACACGUUUGCUGCAAUAGAAAACACUGUGGAGAAAGAUACCAGAGAAAAGUACAAAUGUAUGAUGACUCUUAAAAAUCAGAAGCAAGCUGACAACUCUAUCCGCUGGGCAAUGUCUCGGUUUGCUGAGUGUGGAAGUCUCAAGAGUAUUUAUGAUUCUCCAAACAGAUUAGUACUUAGAAGAGCACCUCCUCAGACCCAGUACAUCACACCACAAUGCAAUCUGCCAAGGAAUGCUUCCGGAGCGUGGUUCACGCAAGGUAUCCAGUUCAAAUCCAAGGUGACCAUCAACGACACGCACAUCCACUACUUCACUCAGAGAAAUGAGUUUGAGUACGAAGACACUUUCCUCUCCUGCCAGCAGACGUUGGGCACUAGAUACCUCAUGACCAAGUACAUUGUUGGCAAAUGCGAGGUUGAUUUUGUGUGCUACGAUAUCUUGCCACGCCAUCAUGGGAUUGUUCGAUACCGAGUGGGUAAGCCUUCACGACUGACCGUUGAUGAGCUGGCUGACCCGCAGUUCAUGACCAAGAAGUUCCAGGAGGCCUGCAGCUGGCAGUCCUUCACCUUCAACAGAGAUGAUACCGAAUGGAAGUACGAAGUACUGAUAAUGGAUCCUCCAUCCCCAGUCUACUGCCCAAUAGGAGGACGUUACAACUUUAAACAGGAGGCUAACGGUUGGUUGGAGAAAUAUGCAACCAGAAUUCGUGGUGUUACUGAAAAACCUCGUAACCAAAUCAGCUGUAGACUGGUUGUUUCUGAGAUGAAAUCGUGCAGUGUAGAUCGGUCUAAAAUUGAGAUUGAUGCAGAAUAUUGUGAGAGUGUAGACUACAGGGGCAGACCAGUUGGAGAGUAUGAUGAACCAGACAACAUCUUGACCUGCGUAGGCUAUUGGUUGGAAGACAUGAAGUCCUACUUGAUUACCUACGAUGAAGAGGAUGCAGUGUCAAAAUUUAGAUGUUGGGUUUAUGAGCGUACAAGUUGGACUGAGUUACAGCUGUCACGAAGCCAAACAGCUCGAUGCAGACGUGAACAGAUGUCAAAAGAUUAUUUGACAGAAGGAACCGGCCUUCAUAUGAUCCUGGAAGAGGCUGAAAGAUUGUUUGACGAUUGCCCACAGCGAUUUGACCCUGGGCUCAAUCCAUACCUGAAGCCACAGGUGAUCUAUGUGCUGAGUGGAUCAGUGCGCUUAUCUGCACUGGUGGUCAGUGCACUGAACACAGUACUGGUACUUCUGGUUACACACCUUGUGAUAAGACAUUAA